GGUGGCAGGGGCUUCGGGAGAAAACGAGGCCUGGACUGGGACUAAAAUCUAGGACUGACCCAGUGAAGGAGAGUGGGAAGAGGGGGAGGGGAGGAGGAAGAUGGGGUCUGAAUAAAGGCAGGUGCUGAGGCCUCUACAGGAAGACUUUUUGUCCUGAAUAUCUCUCACAGUGGGAAAAAAAUCUGACAAGGGGGUCGCCACAGCUAAUCGUCACACUGAUGAGUCGCAUGUUGACAUUUGGCACGUGUUUAACGCCGGAUGCCCUUCCUGACGCAACCCUGACUCGAACCCGGGCCGUAGCAGUGGGAGCGCUGCGCCCUAACCACUAGACUAUCAGGGAACCGCAGCAACAAUAACAAUGCAAUCUCCUUAUAAGAACAGGAGCAGGACCAUGGGAGAUAUGAAGACGCCAGACUUUGAUGACCUGCUGGCAGCCUUCGACAUCCCUGACAUGGUGGAUCCUAAAGCUGCUAUUGAAUCUGGUCACCACGAUGACCAUGAAGGGCAUCUCAAGCAACCCAGUGGGGUGACUACUAAUGAAGACGAUGACCACAACCCCUCAACAGGACAUGACAUUGGCGUUAGUGUUAUCGUCAAGAACAUCCGAAACACAAACACUAGUCAGCAUGAUGGAACCAUAUCAGAGAGGGAUGGACAUUUCCACCCCCAUUCUAAACCCCAUUCUGAUGGCUCUGACAACAGACUUCAUAAUGGCUUCUUGCCUGGCAUACCACCUGGUACCCAUUACACCAAGAACGGAUGGAAAGCUCCCAAGGAAGGACAACCAAUUAACAACCAAUCAUCUACCUUCAAUCAGUUCAGCCCCAUCUCCAGUGCUGAAGAGUUUGACGAUGAUGAUAAAAUUGAGGUAGAUGACCCCAUGGACAAGCAAGCUGGUAAGUCAUUUUUUAAGUCAGCUACUAAAAGGGAGGCCCAGAAUCUCAAAUCCCCAGUAUCAGUGGACAUUGUUUCUAAGCAACAAACAAACAGAGACCAAAAACAUGAUCAAGACAACAACAAUAGCACACUUGGAGGCUCAAAGUCUAACAACACCCCUCAGUCAAGUUUAACCAAGGACGAACUCAAAGAAACUGUCCUCAAUUCUCAAAGUCAGGAAUGCAAGGAAUCUGAAGAAUCAUCAGGGCUUGUUAAUAUGUCCAGUAUCCCCCAGGCUAAAGCAAAAUCCUCUGUAAAACUUUCUUCUUGUAUAGCAGCCAUAGCAGCCCUCAGUGCCAAAAAGGCUAAUGCUACAAACCUGGGUGUUUUGGACUCUUCUACAACACAGAAAAAAUCCAUCCAGGCCAAUGAAAGUCCCAGAGCUUCAGAGAAGUCACAGGAACAGGAGUCAGCCCUAGAAAUUGCCAAGAGACUACUAACAAGACCAUCAGACAGCCCCUCUAGUGUCACCAGUGAGGGUAGCAGCAAAGGCUCCCCUGCCUCAGGCACAGACACCACUUUAGUUAUCCCAAAGGUCAGGAUCAAAACAAUCAAGACCUCAUCGGGACAAAUCAAGCAUACUGUCACCCGAGUCCUCCCAGAGUUUGAUCCUGAGGGUCUGAAAAAAGUAGAGAACAGCCUAUCUGUUAUGGCAACCACUAAUGCAAUUUUCUCAUCUCCCACAAAGCCCUCUUUGCCAACCACAGUGGUAGCCACCACUGGAGGUCCUUCAAUUGAAAUAACCAAGCAAAUGACUAUUAAACCUGUGGCGACUGCUUUCCUGCCCGUCUCUGCAGUCAAGACAGCUGGUUCACAAGUCAUCAACCUUAAACUGGCAAACAACACCACAGUAAAAGCAACAGUUAUCCCAGCCGCAUCAGUGCAAAGUGCUAGCAGCGCCAUCUUAAAAGCGGCUAAUGCCAUCCAGCAGCAGACUGUUAUGGUACCAGCUUCCAGUCUGGCUAAUACCAAACUUGUGCCAAAGACGGUCCAUCUAAGUAACCUCAGUCUUCUGCCUCAGACUGUAUCCUCUGCUGCCUGUGAUCUUCAACAGGCCCUCUCCUCCUCCAAACAUUCCCAGCAUCAACAAUCACAACAUCAAGUCAAGCAGCAGACAAUUCUCGCUGGCCAGGCCUCAAAGAAAGUCUCUAGGGUUCAGGUUUUCACAAGCUCCCAAAGCUCUGUAGUGGAAGCCUUCAAUAAAGUCCUGAGUAGCAUAAAUCCUGUCCCAGUAUACAUCCCAAACCUCUCUCCACCAACAUCAGCAUGCAUCUCUCUACCCUCACGUGGCUACAAGUGCCUGGAGUGUGGUGAUUCAUUUGCUCUUGAGAAGAGCCUGACACAGCACUAUGAACGUCGUAGUGUGCGGAUUGAGGUCACCUGCAACCACUGUGCCAAAAGUCUUGUGUUCUACAACAAAUGCAGCCUCUUGUCACAUGCCAGGGGCCACAAGGACAAAGGGGUGGUCAUGCAGUGCUCACAUCUAAUCCUAAAACCCAUCCCAGCAGAUCAGAUGAUAACCACAUCACCACCAUCAGGCCCACCCAAUAUCACCGACACUUCCUCCACUUCCCAAGCCCUGCCACCUACAAGUCAAAUCCCAGCAAAAGCUGCUAGUGGUGUGUCCCAAAAUGCAGUGAUUUCAGUUCCAUGCAGCACUCCUCUCACAGAGGAUGAUGCAUCGAAACUCUGCAGACAUAGCCUGAAGUGCUUGGAGUGUAAUGAACUGUUCCAGGAUGACAGCUCACUAGCCAUUCACUAUCAACAGGCACCGGAGUCUACUGGGCAGAAAACAUGCACCAUUUGUCAAAUGCUUCUCCCAAAUCAGUGCAGCUUUUUGUCACACCAGCGAAUCCACCAGCACAAGUCUCCUUACAUCUGCCCUGAGUGUGGCGCCAGCUGCCGAUCUGUCCACUUCCAGUCACAUGUAACCAAGAACUGCCUGCAUUACACCCGCAGAGUCGGCUACCGCUGCAUCCACUGCAGUGUGAUCUUCGCUGAUAUUGCAACUCUAAAAUCCCACAUCCAGAGUACUCACUGUGAGAUCUUCUAUAAAUGUCCUCUCUGCCCCAUGGCCUUCAAGUCUGCACCUGGAACGCACUCUCAUGCUUACACACAGCACCCAGGAGUGAAGGCAGGAGAAGCCAAGGUGAUCUAUAAAUGUUCCAUGUGUGAUACUGUAUUCACUCUGCAGUCCCUGCUCUACACACACUUCGACCAACACGUUGUCAAUCAUAAAGUUUCAGUUUUCAAAUGCCCCGACUGCUCCCUGCACUACGCACAGAAACAGCUCAUGUUGGACCAUAUCAAGGCCAUCCAUGGAAACCUGAAGACCAUCGUGGGUCCACCAAACUUGGGCAUCAACCUUCCUCUCAGUACCAAGCCCACUAAUUCUAACAGUACCAACAACAACAGCCCCACAAAUAACAGCAUCAAAGAUGGAGGAAACAUCAAUAGUCAAGAUAAAGGAGAAAAGAAGCCUCCACCUUCACCACUAAAGAAAUCCAACAGUAACUGCUCUGCAGACCUCAAGAACCCUCCCCGCUCAGGAUACACAUGCGGAGACUGUAAAGCCCUCUUCAGUUCCAGGGAGGCCUUUGUGGCUCACAUGAGGCGUGACCAUGGAAAGAUACUAAAGAAGCACCCGUGUCGACAAUGCGAAAAGUCCUUCAGUUCUUCACACAGUCUUUGUCGACACAACCGUCUCAAACACAAAGGGCUACGCAAGGUCUACACCUGCCCGCACUGUCCAGCUCUCAGUCAGCCAUUCACUAAAAGAGUGCUGCUGGAUCAGCACAUUCGGCUGAUGCACCGAGUCAAAGAGCUAGAAGAGAAGACUGUCAACUCUGAUAAUAUGGAGGCUUUACCUGACAAGGAAACGAUCUCAAGCCCCAAACGGAAGCCAGAAGAGGAUGAGGGGUCUCCAGGUUUGAACUUCAGGUGCUCAGACUCAAAGCCUCUGAAGAGGCUCAAGGUGAACAUCCUCAAAGUUCACAAGUGUGCCGUCUGCAGCUUCACCACAGAGGACAUCACUGCUUUCCACAAACACAUUCCCCAGCACAAGUCAGACGGCUCGUCCUACCAGUGUCAGGAGUGUGGUCUCUGCUACACCUCCCACCGUUCGCUGGCCCGACACCUCUUUAUCGUUCAUCGGCUAAAGGAGCCGCAGGGUCUCGCCCGCUACAACGGACGGGGCAAGGAUGAUGACGAGAGUCAAAGAGAGAACCAGCUAAAUGUCACAGAUGAGAACAAUGAUGGGACACCAAAUACUAAAUGCAAAGUGUGUGGGAAGAUGUUUGAAACAGAGGGAAACCUGAACACGCACAUGAGGACACAUGGGAUGGCAUUCAUAAAGUCAAAGAGACUGAGCGCAGCCGAGAAGUGAUAAACAUAAACACUUUCUAACCAUUCCAUCUAAAACAACACAGUUUUAAACUUAUACAGUUUCUAAAAUUGUUGCAAACAACACACAGCCUCUCCCCUGACUGUAGUUAUGCUGUAUAUACAUGUAUAAGUAGGGUACUACAACAUGUAUACAAUAUACACACACUACGUAAUAUGUGUCAACUGCACUUUAUGUGUCUUUAAGUAAAUGGAACAAGACAGUUUUUUGAACCCAGAUGUUUCUAUAGGCCUUGAGUUUUUUUUUUUUUAUUGAAAAGUUUGUUUUUUACACCGUUUCCACUGUUGUCUCUCACUAGGACAAAAUAAUGUAUGGAUAUAUUGUUGUAAUGGGAUUAAUCCUCAUACAGUCAGCAGUGUUCAGAAUUUUUCAAUGCUGCUAAUGUCCUGUGAAUGUCUGGUAGAAAAAUAUAUCAAUCUUUGGGAACCUCAGGUUUCCCCAGUACACGUCACACCUAUCAAGUUAAGUGGAAUCAAUCAUUCUUAAUGUUUUAUUGUUUCACUUGAUGGCAAACUACCAUUUCUCCCUGAAUGCUCGUUGAGAGCUACAAAAAAACAUUGGUUCCUGUCUUCUUUCAAUACAAGCUGAAACAGUUGAUCCUAAAACCAAAAAUCUGCUUUAAUUUUAAGCCAAUAUUACAUGAAAUAUCUGAAAAUUUCAGGACAAUCGGUAAAAAGUGAAACCUAAUACCAGGUGCAUCACCGUACCAUGUUGUCGGGUUAUUAUCAAUUACUAAAAUACACACAUUACAACAGGAAUUUUGAAAUUUGAUUAAUUUUAAAUGAGUGUAAAGCUUCCACUUUUGUGAAUACACCAAACAAUGACACCAGAAACAAAUGUAUUUUAAAGACAAACAUAUGGGCCAAAUUUGAAUUUGCUUUAAGAAGUACUUUGUAAAAGAUUGUGAAAAUUUGUAAUCUUGAUGUUUAAUUCCUGUCUUAAUAUAAUUAUACUGUAAGCGGCAGCUUGUUGAGAUUACAACUCACAUAAAAAUGUUUAUUUACCUUUAAAAUAUACAACACAAAGCACUUGUCACUCUUUUAAUAGCAGUCUACAGCAUACAGUAGUUUAUGCAAAUAAAACUGUAAUGGCUGUGUAUUUCACAACUAAUAACACUAUCACUUCUGUCUUUAACUUUCUCAUACUUUUUUCAGUUUAUUAUCCCUUCUUCUUAAUGAAAAAUCAUAAGAAGUGAUAAUCAACGGGAAUUACACUGAUAAAAUCAGCUAACCUGAAAAAAGAACAUCUACGUGCAUCACUUUGCUGUGAAACUAAAUUAUUCCUAUCAGUUCAGUCAAAUGAGCAUUGAAAGUGGUGAGAAUAUUAUCUCCAGAUUGUUUUCCAUUGCUUUCUUUAUUCCAAGCAUUUCUAAAAAUCAUCAUUAUUCAGUUUUGGACAGUAGCUUUUCUACUCUAACAGUAUGACUUUAAUUGUCUCGCUCUAUAAACCCGCAUGUGAGAUUCAGUCUGUGAACUAUUUGUGAAUUAGAAUGUGUCUCGCUGCUGCUGUUUUUAGAUAUUUCUGAAGCUUGUGUUCUGUACAAAGCUGUUCUUGUCAAUAAAUGAUGAAACCUGCCAGGAGCAAGAUCUGAUGUCAACUGCACAUGAGACAUCAGCUCUUCUCUAUGGAAAUAUAUCAGAAAUCCUCUUGUGGUCAUUCAUACUCACAUGCUGCAUUUGUGUGAUGGAGCAUUAUUACUAUGAAAGCUGAAAUGCAAGAGUUUGAUCAAAGGUGUUCUGAAAUCUAAUUGUCCUGCAAUGUACUGAAAACUGAA